AGUGUAAAUAACUCGUCUAAAGAAAGCCCAUCACAUCAUGUCAAUUAGGUCACAGCUUCAAGUAUUGAAACUCGAGCCCAAAAUCGGUCGCCAGGGCUCCGUGUCUAGAUUAUUCAUUCCAGGAUCUUAACAUAACAAAUCCUGACCGUUAGUUUCAAAAACCCUAAAAUCCCUGAAACCCCUAAUCCAUCUAUAAAGACACCGUCAUCGUAUCAUUCCCUGCCUCCAUCAUCAGUCAUUUGCAAUGCGUCCCUUCAAUAUCUUGUCUUUACUGGAAUUUUUUUACCCCAGUGGCUAUAUUCUAUAAUGUUAGAUAUUAUUAUGAUCGGGAAAGGCGGGAUAGUUGAAUUUCACCGAUUCAAUUGAUGGUAGUUCUUACAUAUGAAAAGGGUCUUAAUUUGUUUAUUAUUAUGACAUUUUUCUUGUAUUGAAUUGUGUCUUGAUGAUUUUACAUUCGAUUGGUUCUGUUUGAGUUAUGUUUUCUGAUUUUAAUAAGUUUUCUCACUUAAUAACGUUUCUGUGUUUUUGAUAAGCUUUGUUUAUUAUGCUUAUGAUGUCACUAAGCAUUCGCAGUGGCCGCCUAAGAGCUUUCGCAUUCGCCGGGCUUUAGAGAUUCGACUGUUUCCGUAUUUGUUGCAUUCAAUGGUGUUUGGGAACUCGAAAAUAGGGAUUGGAUUUUCAGAAAUGCUGAAAAUCAAGUUCUGCCCGUGGAGAAGGGUGCGACAUAUGAGCAACUGCUUGACAUUCUGUACGAUGAGCUUGAAAUGGAUAAAUGUGUGCAUGACUUGAAAAUUGAGGUCUCGUACACAUGCCUAUCACAAUCCGUCAAACCUACCGUUAUAAAAAAUGAUAGGCAUGUGCGUGAAUUCAUUGGGUUAGCAUUGAAAUUUGUAGAGAAGCUCAUUCCUCUAUGUGUGACAUUGAUUAAGAAGGGAGGUGUAAGAAAUGCAUCGGCUUCUGCCAGUGUUAAUAAAGAAGUUCAAUUUGAAGACAACAUUUCUCCUCCAUGUCAUGGUUUCAAAGGAACUCAAGGUGACGUUGAAACAUGUGUUCCCGAGACAAAUCCGGAUGUCAUAGUCCAUGAUGAUAUCUCGGUUAGAGAUCCGUCAUAUGUGCAUGACACAGCGGAGUACGAUCCCUAUAGCUACGAACCUUAUGUCAACGACGAUCUUAUUGCUGAUGCAACAGAUCUUGGUGGGCCAGAUGUUAGGGCAGAUUUUCCAACACAGAGUUCAGAUGUUAUGGUAGAUGAGGAGCGCAGAAUAGAAGAUCGGCAAACACCUGAGACCAGUAGUAGUCGUCCAGGUCUAAGUAAAACCGAUGAUAGUUUUAGAUGGAGUGCUCCAUUGGACUUAGGUGAAGAUCGUAGAACAUGGGGUGCUCCCAUGUUUACCAAAGAGGAUAUAGAUGCCUCACAUCAACAUCAUUCCUCAACUAGCAAAGCUUCAGGAGAAUUGCACCUUGGGAAGUUCUUUCAGAACAAGUUUGAAUUGAAAACUAAAGCAUCCAUAUUUGCGAUGAAGAAUAAUUUUGAGUUUAUGGUAAAUAAAUCUGGGACUGAUGUGCGGUACAUUACCUGCAAGGAUCCUGAUUGUGGUUGGAGAUUGAGGGGUAAGAAAAAAAAGCGAUCUGAAAUGUUCGAGAUCACUGUAUUCAAUGAAGUACACACUUGCUAACAAGAAAUUCAAGAUAAGGACCACCGUCAAGCAUCACCGUGGGUUGUAGGGCACCUAAUCAAGAUGAAAUUUGCUACCGAUGGUACUCAGUACAUGACAAACAACAUAAAGGAGGACAUGAAGCACCCUUUUGGGGUCGAAAUGAGCUAUGAGAAGGCGUGGAGAUGCAGAGAAAAUGCUCAUAUGUAUGUCAGAGGGACACCUAAGGAAUCAUACUCCAAGUUACUUGGAUACCUGUGUCAGUUGUAGCAUAAGAACCCAAGUACAAUUACUGAUUUUGUAGCAGAAGAUGGUCGUUUCUUGUAUUGCUUCUUUUCCCUCGGUGUUUCUAGGCGUGGUUUCCAGUACUGUCGUCCUGUAAUUUGUGUGGAUGGCACAAUCUUGAAGAAUAAGUAUGGUGGCCAUAUGCUCUGUGCUGUUGCGUUGGAUGCAAACAAUCAGUUGUUUCCAAUUGCGUUUGCAUUGGUGGACAGUGAGAACCAUAACUCUUGGACUUAUUUCAUGAGAAAUUUGAAGGAAGCCAUAGGGGACGUUGAGAAACUUGCUUUUGUAUUGGACAGGCAUAAAAGCAUUAAUCAUGCUUUGGAGCUCGUGUUCCCAGAUGUGUAUCGCGGUGCAGGUUACCAUCAUAUUUGUAUGAAUGUUGUGGCAAAAUUCAAAAUUGACCACGUGCAAGACAUCAUAGGGUGUGCAGCAUACGCAUUUCGAAUAACGAAAUUUCAUAAGUUCUUUGACAAGAUUAAGGUAAUUGAUCCGCCCAUUGCUCAAUAUCUAGAGGGAAUUGGCUUUGAAAGGUGGAGUAGCACUUAUUUUCCUGGUAACCGAUACAAUAUCAUGACGAGUAACUACGCAGAAAGCUUUAACAAUAAGACCAAGGGGCAAGGAGCUUUCCAGUCGCCACUUUUCUUGAAUUCAUAAGAUUCACUCUUCAGUCUUGGUUUGCAGAUAGACGUGAAAGAGCUGCAAAAGCAACAACUGUGUUAUUACCUAAGAUGGAAAGUGAUUUGAAGCAAAUAGGUGAUAAAGUAAUUUUUCUAGAUGUCCAAGUCCUUGGUCAUCACGAAUUUCUUGUGGUCGAUGGUAAUGGUGAUGGUGAGGUGAACUUGGCCACAAAAUCAUGCUCUUGUGGCAUGUUCCAAACCAUUGGGAUACCUUGUGUACAUGCUUUUGCUGCAGCCAGAAAAAGAAGCAUAAACAUUUACUCAUUGUGUUCCCUUUACUAUAGAAUUGAGGCAUUGAAUGACACUUAUAAAGAUACUAUUUACCUUGAUGGGAACAAGGAUGAAUGGGUAAUCCCUGAUCACAUCAGAGAUACGGUUGUUGGCGUCCCCGUUGAGAAAACACCUGUAGGAAGGCCCAGGAAGCAGAAAGUGGGUAGGCGAAAGACAAAUCGCUAUGUUUCACGCGGGAAAAAGAUUGUCAAGCCAUGUAAGUGUAGCAGAUGUGGUGGUAGUGGGCACAAUAGGAAGUCAUGUAAGACUAGGAUUUAAAAUAUUGUGUUAUGUAAUUAUUUAAUUGAUUUUGCUGCAUUUAUUAUAUGGAGUACUUCUUCUAAUACUUUGUUGGUUUAGAUGUCGAGGCAGACACAUUAUGUGAAUUUAAUACUUUUUUAUUUAAUAAUUUUUUCAAAAAAUAUUGUUUGAUAAAAAAAAAUAUACAAAACUAACUAUAUGCUAUAUUAUACAAGAUGUGUAAGACAAAAAUAUAAAGAGCAUCACGGGGACAAAUUCUGAUUGAAUAAGUCCACACAUCACUUGGUCCUGAAAUGCUGAAUGUUCUCAUCGAUAAUGGUAUCGAGUGGUAGCCUGGCAACCAGAAGCUUGAUAUGUUUGAUGGCAAACAUCAAACAUACCACAAUUCCCACUGCAUAUAAUCGAUUUUGUGUCAAUAGAAGAUAAAAAUAACUUUAAUUUUCAGAUUUCAAAAUACACUAAUUAAAUAGGGGAAUACCUUGUCUUAGUCUAAGGACUUUCCUCCGGAGGAAUACGACAAUAUGAAAAAGGCUUUGCAUUCUGCUCAGGAUACACCUGGAGGUCCUCAUGGUGGUCAAACAUGCCAGAACACCAUAACAAUGAAGGCAACAAUAAGCACCAAGGCUUGAUCGCUUCCUCCAUCAGAGUGGGACUGAGCACGCUAUGGUUGGAAUCAUAAAUGUUGAUGCACCACGUUGGAAUAGAGACUUCAAUGGCGAUCCAAUGUGCGACUUUCUCGACGUGCAAAAAAAAAUAUACUUCACUCACAUUUUGCCAUGAUACAAGGAAUUGAUUAUCAUCGCCCUUCAACAUUCUCAGCACAUCGUCGUCCCAUGUAUACUUAGUGCCGGUCUCUCUGAAAUGAUUCCAACGACCUAGGCACACUUGGGGGAAGGUGGUGUUCAUGAUCGCAGCAUCCUACCGAAAUGCAGCAUGGUAAAAGUGGCGUCGGCGGCGUAGCAUGUGCAAAGCGGCAUCAAUAUGCUAAAAAAACAUGAAAAUUCGUUAGUACCAUCAUUAUAUUUUAAGAUUGAAUUGAAAACAUGAAUGUAAUUUACAUAUACCGAAUCCCAAAGCCAAGUCUGGACUGUGUGCAACCGCAAGAACCAUGCCACACCGUGCGUCCCAGUAUAGACGUUCCGGUCUCUCUUGUUGUUGAUCUUCCCGAUGAUUCACUUAUGGAAGCUCUUCUCCUGCUGUGGGUCACACUUCCUCAGUGGUUCAACAACUAGCCCUAGUUUAUCUAGUCUGAUCUUCUAUGUUGGGUCAGUGAAGUCAUCAAAACGCUUGGGCCUGCGUUUCUUCCUGACAACUUCAAGGCCAGCUGCCUCCACGGGCUGCAGUACUCGUACACUGGGAUUGUCAGCAUCACUGGCAACUACAGAUGUAUGGGCCUGUGGAGUGGAGGGUUGAUCGCCGCGCUCGUAGUCUGCAGGCAAGAUAUCAGACUCUGUAUUUAAUUUUACGUUGGUGGCUGAGACCAGUGAAAGCAGCUGCGCCAACUGAGCCAUGAUCGUGGUCUGAUUCUGUAGUAAGGUUGCCUGGCCCUCCUCAACCCUCUUGAGCUUUUGCAUCAAUUGCUCAUAAUCAGGCUGGACAACCUGACUAGAUGAAGUUGCACAGGCCUGUGAAGUGUCCUCCUCAACCCUCGGGACAUCCUCAUAAAAAAUGGAGGCUUCCUUUGCAACUUUUGCCAGCUUCUCUACCUCAUUCUCAGGUACCACUACUUCCUCCGCUGUAGUCCCAGCCUUCCCCACAGUUGAUUCCAACUCAGGGAAUAACCUGGAAUCAACUUCUGGGAGGCUAUUGUAGUAGACUACCUCACCGGGACGUGGCUUUAGCAUGGGAAAUACCACUAACUGCAUGGUUGAAUAACACGUGUCAGGAAAACUUUAAUAAAAUAAAUCGUUAAUCAAUUAAUCUGUGACAUUUAACAAGAUAAAAUGGAACUUACUCGACGGUUGGCGAAUAUAGGAACCAACAGAGCUGUCGAAAUAGUAAUAUUAGUCUUCGUAGCCCAGCUAAGCAUCAUCGAAAUCUGAUUCCCACUGUUCUCACCGAACUUACUCCCGAGAGAAGGCAUGGCCUCAAAAGCCCAGUAAAGAAGCGUGGGUGCAUAGCAAUUGAAACUAUACUUCGCUUCCUUCUGUUUUUUGCUUGACCCCUCUUUCUUCUUCUUCUCAUAGUGUUUCAAUUGCUUCUUCAUGUCCUUCUGAACUCCUUUGCUAAACUUCUUAAAUGACAACUUCCCCCAUGGAUACUUGAAAAAGUAAUCAAUAUCCUCAACCAUUCUCAGGGAAUCUCCCCAUAUCGUCGUUGUCUUCUAUGGGGCAUUCAGUACCCCCUCUAUCAAAUAGCACAAACCCAGCUUAAAUGCAUCUUUUGGGUUUGUGGAGGCCUUCAAUGCAUCUUCCAACUGACCAAAACUAACCUUCGAAUCACCAUUAAAAUAUUCCUGGAUGAUCCGAUCACUUGAAAGAUGCUCUUUCAACUCAUCUGAGGACGGUGAUUUCCCAAAAUUUAGCCCGGUAACUAGGGCAAACUCUGCAAUACCAAAUCUACACAGAGUGUUGUCCAGGUAGAACUGACCCUCUUCAGGCUUCUUGCUUUCUACCUUACGCAACAUUAGCUGAUGCAGCAGAACCCCAGAAAAACUAAACGGCUUCGCCUUAAAGAACUGUCCCAACAGGCAUGCCUGUGCCCUUUCAAUAAGACCAUGUCUCUGAAACUGCUCUAUAAGGGUAUCCAAGUAGGCACUACCCCUAUAAGUGACACGACCAGGAAAAUGCUUCUCCAACAGCACAAUAAGGUCAAGCAUCUGGAAAAAAAAACAAAAAAAAUGUUAAAAAUGUAAAACAAUCUGGUCACUAUCGAGGCAGUUACUAUCGAGGCCUAUCGAGUCCCAUCAAGGCAGAAACUAUCGCGUCUUAUCGAGUCCUAUCGAGGCCUAUCGAGGUGGGUUCUAAAAAUCACAAAGAAUAAUAUCAUCGGGUUACUAUCGAGUCCUAUCGAGGCCUAUCGAUUCCCAUCGAGGUAGGCCCUAAAAAUUCCAAAGCCCCGUAUCAUCGAGUCCUAUCGAGAUAGGCCCUAAAAAUCCCAAAGCCCCGUAUCAUCGAGUCCUAUCGAUUCCUAUCAAGGUAGGCUCUAAAAAUCCCAAACCCCAUAUCAUCGAGUCCUAUCGAUUCCUAUUGAGGUAGGCCCUAAAAAUCCCAAAGCCUAAAAUUUCAUCGAGUCCUAUCGAGUCCCAUCGAGGCCUAUCGAGGCAAAAUCAAAUCCAGUCCCUAUCAUGUACUAUCGAGUUGCAUGAAAAAUAUCGAAAAAAACCUAGAUUUCUUCAUUCCCCAGCCCCGAUCUAUUCUAUGAACAAAAAUCAACAAACAAAAACCAGGCACAUACACAUAUUGCAGAUUAAAAACGAAAUCCCUCACCUUCGAUUUCUUUGGGGUUGUUUCCUAAAAGUUUGGUCGGCUUGCUCGAUGUUUUCUCCUUCCCCUUCUCUGAUCGUCAACUUCGACCCUUUGGGAGCCAUUGUUCGUGGUUGUGGAAGACAAUGAAGGUUGGGUUCUACGGAUUCAAUCGAGGCCUAUCGAUUUCAAAGUUUGCUUGGUUCAUGAAUUUGGGAGAGAAUACGGAGAGUUUGAGAAAAUUAUGCUAGGGGUAUUUUGGGUAGUAACGUCAUUAGUAGCACCAAAACGAGAGUCAUAUAGGGAUAGUGUAUUUUUUAAAUAUAGUGUCACUUAUUGCAUUAAAACUCAAAUUUCCCUUUGUAAAUAAGAUGCAAAAAAUACGUAUAAAUUUUCAUUUUUCUUUUUCAUUGAAGAGUAGUCAUGGUCUAUGUGUACACCAUUUUCAAGUGCUUGACUUUGGUUUUAAUUGAAGCACACGAUGUUUACAAAUACAUUUAUAUUGUAUAUAUCUAUAAAUAUUGGACAUUUUUUUUAUAUGGGCUUCACUUUAAGCCCUAUUAGUGGAGCUCUCAGUGUUUCUCGACUCGUGAAUAGUUUUCGGCGUGAUUUUUUUUAUGACCGUGUAUAUUGUAGCUAUUUAGAACUUUCUGCAAAUUUUCAGAAAAUCCUAAAUAGUUUAUAAUACUGAAAACUAAGUUCAAACAUGUUGCAAAAAAUUGUAGGAUACUCUAAAUAACUAUAAUAUACACGGUCAUAAAAAAAAUCGCACUGAAAACUAUUAACGGGUCAAGAACACUGAGAGCUCCACCGGUAGGGUUUAAAGUGAAGUCCCUAUAGGAGAAUUUUCAUAUAUAUAUAUAUAUAAUGUUUACUUGAAAGAAAGUAAGCAAAGAUGUAAAGUGAAAUCUCGAUAAAAUUAGUGAAAUAAUGCAAGUGAAAGUCAAGGUGAUACUAAUGUGCAUAAUCCAAUUUACAAUCACACUCAAAGGAACCUUAUAUAGAUGUAUCCUAACAUACGAUAACCAGAAGUUGCACAUUUCAAGCUUCAAUUUUGAUUAAGUCUUUAAGAAGCAUCAAGAUGGAUUUGAUAAAAAUACCAUAUAAAUGGAAGCUGUACAUUUCACAAGUAUACAUGUUUUAAUUCAUUUGUGGCUGGCACUAGAAAAGAGAUAUUUCAGAACUAUACAAAAGAUAUGUUCUGCCCUAUACAAAAUAGAUAGUAGCCUAAACAAAAGAUGUUUCUAGCCUAUACAAAAGAAACAUGCAAGGAUAUACCAAUUGGCCACUAACUCUUGCUUUCUGCCUAUGGCUUUGGAUUUUUCUUUUUUGGACGCCCAUGUUUCUUGUAUGUCUUGUGCUGAAAUUAUAGAAUACUGAAUUAAUCAUAACAAUGCAACAAAUGAAAUCAACUUCUAAUAAAAAACUCAAUACAAAAAAAUGUUACCUUUACAACCAUUGCGUUUUGACAAGUUGAUAUUGUAUGCCCAAGCUGUUUGCAAUUGUUGGUAACUAGUUUACCUUGUGCAUAGCGGAAAGCACAGGGUGAUAGGCCCAGAUAUUUUAAACAAAUUAUUUAAAUAAUGGAUCCAUUAAUAUGCAAAUAUUAAUCAGAGAGAAAGAAAAAUAUUAGGAUUUAUCAGUUGUAGAACAAUCAAGAAUCCUUGCUAUCUUUUUAGUAACUCUAACGAAUAUCCAAUCCAAAAUAACCUUUUGAAUACUCAUAC